AUGUCCCAACAAGAAGGAGAGGAUGCUUCUUACAAACAGGAUCAUGCCAAUAACAACAACUCAUCAUCACCCAUUAUCAAUUAUUUGAAUCAAUUAUUUCAUCUAUUCUAUGUGGUAUUUAUCACUCCCAUUCUUCAAUUCAUUCAAAAUCCACAACUUGGUACUUGGAAUGGAGGUGCUGCUUCUACUACAUCCAUGAUGAAUGAUAUGGAUUCUUCUUCUACUGACCAUUAUAGUCAUAACAACAACAUGUCUUUAAAAUCUACAACAACUUCCACACUGAACAACAAACAUUUAUCAGUCAUGAUGGAAGUCUCUACUCACACUCCGAGAGGAUCCAAACGUAUCAUGGUUGGAGAGGAGAAUCAACAAAAUAAGGCUCAAAUCAUUCGAGAGAGAAUUAUGAUGGCAUCCUCUCAACAAGGAUCCUUGCUCAUGGAUGACGAUGAAGAUGAUGAAGAAUAUGAUGGAGAAGAAUAUGAUGGAGAAGAAUAUGAUGGAGAAGAAUAUGAAGACAAUGAAGAGGAAUUACAGAACACUGUACAAGAUCCAUCAUCAUGCUCUAGUACAACUGAAAAUAAUCAUUCCAUGAUUACCAUUACUCCAAGUGAGCAGCAGACCACUACACCAACGACGAGCAAAGUUCCAAAAUUAUCAUUUGGUAAUUCAUCGUCUUCCUCUCCACAAUCCAUUCAUGUUCGAUCUCGCUCUUCAGGUGUCACUGGUAGUAGUGGUGGUGUUGAUUCCAAAUCAUUGUCAUUAUCAUCCACAACAACGACCAAGAUUCCUUCAUUACCAAUUGGUUCUCUUCCUGUCGUCGUCAGUAGUAGUACUUCCAAUGAUCUUUCUCAUUGGACAGCACCAAGUACUCUCUCAGCACGUGGUCGAAGUGCAAGUACCAAUCGUGCGAGUAUGAAUAUGAAUAGUAAUAAUAAUAAUAAUACUCAUCAUCAUUAUAACAACAACAACACAACAUUAGAAUCCUCUCCUCAUAUGAGAUUGGUCAAUAAUGAAAUUGAAAGACUUUUACAAACACCCAAUGCUAGUGAAUUGAAAUUGAAUUCUCUCACUUUGACCAUCUUUCCACACAAGUUAUUUAAUUUAUUCAAGACACACAAAAUAACCAAAAUGAAUGUCUCUGAUAAUCGACUCACUUCACUCUCUUAUCAUUUUACCAAUUCAUUUCCAUAUUUAGAAGAAUUGAAUCUUUCUAGAAAUUUAUUUACAUCCAUGUUUAAUGAUUUUAACAAAUUGAAAUAUUUGAGAGUAUUAGAUUUGAGUUACAAUGGAUUUGAAAUUCUUCCUCAAAAUGUAUUACAAUGUACUCAAUUACAAGAACUCUAUUUGAAUAACAAUUCAUUGAUUGCAUUACAACCUGACAUUGCCAAAUUACAACAAUUACAAGUAUUAGAUAUUUCUAACAAUUUACUUUCUAAAUUACCAGAUGAAUUGACUUUGUUGAAGAAUUUAAAGAAAUUGAAUGUAUCCAAUAACAAGUAUAUUGAUUCAGCCAUGAAAAUUAUUAUGGAUUUGUAUAAACAGAAUCCAAAUUUAGAACGAGACAUUUCAGUGAGUGAAGAUGAUUGGAGUCAUGAUCACGGUAAUAGUAGUAGUAGCACAGUCCAUGCCAUCCAUUCUGGUAGUAGUAGUAGUACUACCACUAUUGGUAAUGUUGUUCGUUCGACUUUUGUUACUACUGCCACUGCCACUACUGCUACUGCCACUGCUACUACUGCCACUACUACCACUGCUACUACUGCCACUGCCACUGCUACUGCUACUACAAGUGAUUCAAUGACCACUACACCAUCUGGUCACACUGAAAGUACAAGUUCCAUGUCUCCAAACAAAACAGAACGUAAUAGUUCUUCAACCAAAUCGAAAUCUCCUUCACUUCACAAGACAUCCACUCCACCCAAAUCAACAACAUCUUCAACAAAAUCAUCACCUUCAUCUUUGACUACUACUACUACAACAUCUACAACAUCCACAACAACCAUGACCCAAUCUCCAACAAAUACCGAUGCACUCACUACAAAACGUGUCUAUUCCAUUCUCGAAUUAAUUGAAUCUGAAUUUAAAUAUAAGAAUUAUCUUGAAACAUUAUUUAAUGAAUUCAUGUUACCUAUUAGUAAUUGUGAUGAUUUACAACAACAAGGACAAUUGAAAUUUAUUGGAUGUGGAAUUCAAGAUGGUCCACAAUUUGUCAAAAAGAUAUUCCCUCCAGAUUUGGAAAAUAUUUUGAAAUGUUCACAAAUGUUUUAUCGAGAAUUGGUCAAGAUUUUACAAGAACCAUCCAAUGUGAACAUGGAGAUUAGAAGUGAGAAUCAUGGUUCCACGAAUGAUACGAGUAGUAGUAGUAUGAUGAGUAGUAAUCAUGGUCAGAGUAGUAAUCAUGGUCAGAGUAGUAAUCAUGGUCAGAGUAGUAAUAAUCAUGGUCAGAGCAGUACAAUACCUUCAAAGAAGAGAAAGAACUCGGAACUCAAUCGUUCACUACUGUUGUUGAAGAAACAAAUCUAUGAGCAUCCAGUGGGUCAAGUAUUCCAAAGAUUCAUUCCCUUCUUCAAGGUCUAUAUUGAUUAUCAAUCACACUAUUCUCGUACUGUUCAUCAAAAUCUACCACAAGCCUAUUCUCAAUAUCCAAAAUUCAAACAAGUGAUUGAAAUGGCAAAAACAGUGACUGGUACUGAUGGAUUGGAUAUUUCAAGUUUAUUGAUCAUGCCAUGUCAACGUAUUGUAAAAUAUUGUUUAUUAAUUAAGGCGAUCAUGAAAGAAACACCUACAGAUCAUCCAGAUUAUCCUCUCUUAGAAAUUGCUUCUACUAAAAUGCAAGCAACUGCUCAUGAAAUUAAUCGAAAGAUGAAAGAUAUUGCUAAUUUGAGAAAUUUGAUUGAUAUUGCCUCACAAUAUUCCAUUGAUGGAUUGGUUGUAUCGACACGAAGAUUCAUUUCAACCACAAGUGUCAAGAUUUAUAUUGUACCAAGUAGUAGUAGUAGUAGUAGUGGGGGUGGUGGUAAUAGUAGCAUGAUGAUUCUUCCAAAUACUUCUGCCCUCUCCUCGAAUUCUACCACCUCGUCGAGCAACAUGGUGAUUCGUGAAAAGGCUAAAAUUCAUCUCUUCAAUGAUCGAAUUCUUUUCACUACGGUUGAGGAUUCGCAUUAUUACUUUAGUGUUGGAUCAUUAUUAGGAAGAAAUCCCUCUGAAUUGUACAAAUUAUCUGAAGUGGAAUUACUCAAUGCACCUACAAUGGACAGUGAUGACAAGACAAAAGUAUCUCUGAACAUUCUACCCAAAUCUUCGCACUACAUUGUUGAGUGUGAGAGUGAGAGUGUGUGUAAUACUCUUACUCAACAAUUGAGGGAUUUAUUAACCACCGCCGUAGUUCAAAAGUAG